CUCUACUUCGUUUCUAAUAGAACCAAUGGGAGUCAUUGAAUAAUUUUGAGUCGCUUCAUCACAAUUCAUAAUGUUUUUAUGUUUCCUACUGAAGAAAUUAUUCAAUUAAUUUCUCAAAAGAUAACCACCUCAAGUUAUUAGAGUGCCAGAUUCCCAUAAUCUUGAAAAUAUUUAUCAACAAUUUAGUCGUAUGUUGUCCAACAGGUUGUUUGGAAUUUAUUUAACCUCAAAGUAGUUUCUUUAUGUAAUAAAAUUUUUCCGUUCUAAAUGGCUGGAAAAAGGAGAGCAACUUCUGAACUGAAUAGGGAUAAUUGGGAUCAAGAAGAUCCUUCUGAAGAAAGCGGCGUAUACACUAGAGCUUCUGAGGAAGUCUUGAAAAAACGAGUUUUUAAAACAGCCAAACGAAGAAUCGCAAAAUCGCCUGAGGAAGGAACAAUUAAUGCCUUCAAUUCAGCAAAUUUGGCUAAUCUCACUUCUAAAUCACAUCAACCGGCUAAUCAGUUGUUCAGUUUCUUGUCAGAAAUGAAAGCUGAUACAUCAAAAACAAAUGGAGUAAAUAAUAAGUUGAAUAAUCAAGAUGGAAAAUUAGAAGCAUCCUCAUUAUUUUCCUUUGGUAAAAAAGCCGAGACAACAGAAAUUACUAAAAGCUCAUCUUCAGAAAAUAACAACCACAAUAGUGAAGAUAAAAGUAAGCAAAUGUUUAGCUUUGGAGAUGGCAUAUCGAAAGUGGAUAAUAAAACUGCUGGUUCAUCUAUGUUCAGCUUUGGAAACAGCAAUAAUUCCGAAAAAUUACAACCUAGUGAAAAUAAAAAAGACAAAACAAACAUACAAAAUGAAAAGACCACUGAUAAUCUUGAUCACUACUAUGCUAGAUUGAAAGGCUUGAAUGAAAGUGUUGCCAAAUGGAUUAAUAAUCAUGUUGAAAACAAUCCUCUGAUAAAUUUGCAACCUAUAUUCAAAGAUUAUGAAAAAUUCUUUGAUGAAAUUGAAAAAGAAUACCAUAAAACUGACAGUAAUGUAUUAAAUAUUCAAAAUAACAAACAAAAUGAAAAUAAAGGAUUCAAUUUCACUUCUAGCCUAAAUAAAAAUGAGACAACUACUGCAAUGAAUACUUUCAAGUUUAGUUCUACACCUGUUGAUAAAAAUACUACUUCUGCAUCUGUUGAUAAAAAUUCUACUUCAUGUAAAAUUGAGGUACCAUCAGCUUCUCUAUUCAAAUUUGGUGCUUCUAAUUCUACCAAUGAUAAUUCCAGUGAAAAAAUCCAAGCAGCUUCACCAGCAAGCACAUUCAAAUUCGGUCCUACAAAUGUCUCAACCAAUGUAUCUACAAGUAAAACUGAUCAAGUUCCUUUUAAAUUUGGUAAUCCAUCAACAAGUGAAGUUAAAGAUGCUAAGGCGCCUUCAUUUAGUUUUGGAGGUAAUAGUACCGGAUUUGGUGGUGGGUUUAAUUUUGCUGCAAAUCCUACGCCUCCAUCUACUGGUGCAAUAAACUUCGGAAGUGUUCCUUCGAACACGCCAGCAAAUGAUCAGGGGAAUGCAGAUGAAGAGGAAUCAGAAGAACCACCAAAAGUUGAGGUUAAGGAAGUUGAAGAAGAAGGUCAAUUCUACACAAUACGUUGCAAGUUAUUCGUUAAGAAAGAUGGUAAUUUUGUGGAAAAAGGUGUUGGAAACCUCAUUUUAAAACCAGUUCCAGAUUCAGACAAAGUUCAAGUUAUAGUUAGGGCACAUAACUCUUUAGCAAAUGUUCUUUGCAAUUUCAUUUUAUCCAAGAGUAUACCAACUCAAAGGGUGGGUAAAAAUAAUGUUAUGAUUGUCUGUAUACCGACACCUGAAUCUAAACCUCCUCCGAUUCCUGUUUUGAUCAAAGUAAAGACUGGCGAAGAUGCCGAUCAACUACAUGAAACUCUAGAAAAACAUAAGAAGUAGAAAUUCAAUCAUUUCAAGUGAAGAAAGAAAAUGUUGACUUAUGUAUUUGUUGAAUAUUGUAUACUGCUUUCUGUCGAUUAAUCUUAAAUAUUAUUUCUUUUUCAAUUAUGUACAGGAAAACUAAAAGCCUGGAGUCUUUUGAAAGAUCGUUAAUCAGAAAAUAGUUUGUAUUCAUUCUGAAUUGCUUAACAAUGUUUCAUAAAGUCUGAGGUUUAUUUUAUUCGAAAAUUUUCUUUCUGUUGAAUUAACCUAAUGAGUUAUUUUUAAAAUUCGAUUAUAAACAAGAUUAUUUGAUUCAUAUUCAUCCCUAUGUAUAUGAAUUCAAGAUCUGAAGAACUAAAAUAAUUCCUCACAGACCCCUCAUUUACUCAGAUCAAUUAAAUGGAUUCUCUUUAAAGUCGAUUAUCAUCAUUUUUUCGAUGAAACAACCUGUAAGUUGUAUAUUUUUUUAAAAUAUAAUUAAAUAAAAUAGUUUAUUUCAA